CUCUCAAGUGACCUGGCCGCCCUGGCCAUCUGCUCCAAGCCGGCAGCGUGUGGAGAUGGGGCACCCCCCAGACCCCUACAGUGUCCCGGCCCCAGUGGGCACCUCGGCUGGCCCUGGACUCAUUUCAGACCUCAUCACCAGGAUCCCUUGGUCCCGCUGGGCACUCGUUGCCGCCGCCGUCCUGGCUGGCGUCCUGGUUUCUUUCCUCCUCUGUGCCUUCUGCUGCUGCCGCCGCCGCGGCCGCUGCCGCGGCCGCCACAGGAAGAAGCCCAGAGACAAGAAGGCCGUGGGUCUGGGCAGGGCCUGUGGCACCACCACCACCCACCUGGUUCAGCCAGAUGUGGACAACGUGGAGUCCGGCCCUGGAGGACCCCAGCAGUGGGGGCGCCUGCAGCUCUCUCUGGAAUACGACUUUGGAAGCCAGGAGAUCAAGGUGGGCCUCAGGCAAGCGGCUGACCUGAGACCUGGAGGCCCGCGGGCCACGGCGGACCCCUACGCCCGCGUCAGCCUCUCUCCCCCGUCCGGGCGCAGCCAUGAGACGAAGGUGCACCGCAGCACACUCUGCCCGGUGUUUGACGAGACCUGCUGCUUCCACGUCCCGCCGGAUGAGCUGCCCCAGACUGCCCUGCGGGUGCAGGUGCUGGACGGCAGGAGCCUCUCCCAGCACCAGCCGCUGGCCGAGCUCAGCCUGCCGCUGGGCGCCGUGGACCUGCAGCACGUCCUGGAGCUCUGGCUCCAGCUGGGCCCGCCCGGCGCUGCUGAGCCUGAGCAGGUGGGGGAGCUGUGCUUCUCGCUCCGGUAUGUGCCCGGCUCGGGCCGGCUGACCGUGGUCGUGCUGGAGGCCCGAGGCCUGAGCCCAGGGCUGGCAGAGCCCUACGUGAAGGUCCAGCUCCUGCUGAAGCAGAGGAAGUGGAAGAAGAGGAAGACAUCAGCCAGGAAGGGCACGGCCGCCCCUUACUUCAAUGAAGCCUUCACCUUCCCCGUGCCCUUCAGCCAGAUCCAGAGCGUGGACCUGGUGCUGGCCGUCUGGGCCCGGGGCCCGCAGUUCCGGGCUGAGCCCGUGGGCAAGGUUGUGCUCGGUGCCCGGGCCUCUGGUCAGCCCCUGCAGCACUGGGCGGACAUGUUGGCCCACGCCCGGCGGCCCGUCGGGCAGUGGCACCGCCUGCAGCUGGCCAGGGAGGUGGACCGGGCCUUGGCCUUGCAGCCCCGCUGGCGCCUGCCCUUGCCUGGCUCCUGAAAGGAGCCCCGGGCCUCUGUCCCCUGGGCUGGGCCUGGGCCUCUGUGCAGGCUGGGCCGGGGUCCCACAGCAAUAAACUCCUCCUCCCGCUGCCAUCGUGUGUCCUUCCUGAGCCCGCCGGCACGCUAGGGUCAGGGCUUCCCUGCCAU